GGCGUGUAAUAGUGCGUAUCUGUCGUGCGAACUUUUUCAUUCCGUGUAUUUUUCCCGUGCGUUUGAAUGUGUCACGCUAGUUAUCUAAGAUUUUGCGAUUGAUUCUUAACAUUUAUUAUACGAAAUUAUCAUUGUUACGAUCUUAUCAAAGAAAAUAAAAAGGUGGCACACGAUGUUCUCGAUAAACUGUUUACGAUUGGAAUUCUAAACAGCUUCGAGGACGUAUGACCAAGACAUAGCAGUCUACAUUGAUUCUGUGGAUCCCGAGAUCAUAGAUAACGUACGAUGAUCAUCACAAUCUGGUUAAUUUUUUUCCUUGCGCUCUCAACGACCAAUACUAUUGCUUCUCAAUGUAAAGGAGAUCAGAAUUGCACAUGCCAGCCAACUUAUUCGAACGAGAUUGAAAUUUAUUGCCAAGCUGAGAAUAAUUCGGAAUUCAUCUUAAACAUUCAUCCAAAGGAUUACUUGCAGAUAACUUGUCAAAAUUGGGAAAGAUGGGAAAAUUUUCGUUUUACGAGCACACUACCUGGAAAGGAAUUAAAUUCACUGCUCUUCCGAAUAUGUGGAUUAUCAAACAACGUCAGUUUAGGAGAUGUGGCCAAACAAAUGGGAGUGGAAACCGUCAACAGCCUUCUCUUUCAAUCAUUCAAUAAUCUUGGUGACACAUUAACGAGAAAACAACUUCAAGGUUUUCCUAUGGUGAAAAAAUUAAUCUUGUCUAAUAAUGGUUUCUCGAAAGUCCCAAAGGAUUUGUUGAUGGACUUUCCCGAAUUAGAACGUCUUGAUCUGCAUGAAAAUCGUCUCGAAUUACCACUUGGUAUUUUCGAUUUCACUCCGAAACUUAAAGAACUCGAAUUAGGUAAUAAUGGAAUGAAGACGAUCAAAGCUGGGAUGUUUGAUAAAUUAGAAAAACUUAAUUUUUUAAAUAUUUGGGGAAAUCAAUUGACGGAAAUCGAAACAGGACUGUUCGACAAAUUAAUCUUAUUACAAUCAUUGGAUCUAAGCAGGAAUAAAUUAGUGACACUAUCGCCGAACGUUUUUGAUGGAUUAAAGAAAUUAGAGAAACUUCAUCUUUCUUUUAAUAAUUUCUCUUCCCUACCGGAAGGGUUGUUUAGUCGGAACAAAGCAUUACAAACAGUAAAGUUGAUCGACAAUCACAGGAAUUUGACCAGUUUACCUGACAAUCUUUUUGCAAAUUUGACGAAGCUCGAACUGGUCUUGCUGAAAAAAAAUGGAUUGAGAAUUCUACCAGAAAAUUUAUUCUGGGGUGCGUCGUCGUUGAAAAAUAUCAGCCUAGAUAGUAACUUCCUUGUUACUCUACCAAAGAAUAUCUUUAAAGGUCUAGAAAAUGUUGAAAAACUCGAAUUGAAUUUCAACGAUAUUGUAACUCUUCCUGAUAAAAUCUUUUACGACAUGAACAAAUUGAUUAAACUCGAUUUGUCUAUGAAUCGUAUGGUUUCUAUAUCUCGGCAUCUAUUCGACGGCUUGAAGUCCCUAACCGAACUGAACAUGGAAAAAAAUAAAUUAAAAACUAUUGACAGUAACACUUUUACUCACGUAAGAAAUCUACGAAUUGCUAAAUUCUCUCACAACGAACUUAUGUUGAAUUCAUCCGAAUAUCAGAACGUUGAUCUGUCACCUUUUUAUAAAUGUGAUUUGCUAGAGGAAUUAUAUUUAUCCAACAAUAAUAUAUCGCAAAUAUACAGCGAUUGGUCAAUAAGUGCUACGAAUUUACAAUUAUUAGAUCUCAGUUACAACGAUAUUAACAUCAUAUCGAUGGAAGAUUUGCAAUUUGUGUCGAACAAAAUUAAAGUCAAUCUGAGUUAUAAUAAAAUAAGACACAUUUUAUUGGGCCAAGCCGAAAAUAUUGCAAGUUUUCAAGAGACUCCACGAGACGUGAUUAUUCACGUCGAACAUAAUCCCUUACUCUGUGAUUGUAAUUUGUACGAAUUUUUGCGUUUUCUCGAAGGUAGAAUGCACCCAAACGUUCAAAAUUACUUUCACAUUAUAACAGGAAAUUUAACGUGCAUCGAACCAAAUGGAGUGGACGAAAUAGAAAUUAGUCGAUUGCAUUCAAAGACUUUGAAAUGUGUCGAGGAAGAACACUUGUAUGUUAAAAGCAAGUGUCCAAUUGGUUGUGUUUGUUGGAUAAUACCGGAAGACAAAACUCGUUUGAUAGAUUGCUCGUAUAAAAAUUUUUCUGAACUAUUGAUCGACAAAACAGGAAUGAACAACCUGAAACCUGUUAAAGAUUAUCAUAUAAAAUUGAAUAUGACCGGAAAUACAUUAACAGAGAUACCGUCCAUAGAACUUUUAGGAUCAGAAUAUGUGACGGAUUUAAUUCUAUCUAAUAACAAUAUUAUCAAAAUUUCACUUAACAAAUUGCCGAAAAAUCUCCAAGUAUUAGAAUUGGAUAAUAACAAUAUAUCUAGGAUUAAUUUGGAUGUACUGGAUUACUUAAAGAAUUCGACUUCACUGAAAAAACUUACUUUGCAUAAGAAUCCAUGGAAAUGUGACUGUGAUGCACGAGACUUACUUAGUUUUAUUCAAUCGAAACUAAUUGACAUUCCAGAUUUAGGAAAAGUCACGUGUAAUAACAAGAAUAUUUCUAUGUUGGAAAUGACCAUUAAUGAUUUUUGUCCGGUCGAGACGGUGAUAAUCGUUGGCAUAAGCUUUACGAUCGCAUUAUUGUGUCUGUUUAUCGGUGGGCUAGUAGCACUGUAUUACAGAUACCAACGAGAAAUCAAAGUUUGGUUGUACGCCCGUCAAUUUUGUUUAUGGUUCGUCACAGAAGACGAAUUAGACAAGGACAAGAUAUACGAUGCGUUUAUAAGUUAUUCGCAUAAGGACGAAGAAUUUGUUGUAAACGAGUUGGUACCAAAGUUGGAAAGUGGUUCAAGACCGUACAAAUUGUGUUUGCAUUAUCGUGACUGGCUAGCAGGUGAAUGGAUUCCAACACAAAUCACACGUUCAGUGGAACAAUCGAGGAGAACGAUCGUUAUAGUGUCCCCUAACUUUUUAGAAAGUGUUUGGGGUGCGAUGGAAUUUCGUGCAGCUCAUAGGCAAGCUAUGAGCGAAGGUAGAGCGAGAGUCAUAUUAAUUUUAUAUGGUGAUAUUGGUCCUACGGAUAAUUUAGAUGCCGAAUUCAAAGCUUAUAUAAGUAUGAAUACGUAUGUCAAAUGGGGCGAUCCGUGGUUCUGGGACAAGUUGAGAUACGCGUUACCACAUCCGCCAGAACUUAGGAGAAACUUAGUUAAAAAGAAAAUCUUUGAGAAACAUUAUCCUUGUAUACAAAUCAAUGGUGAAAAGAAAGAAUUGAUAUAUCCAUUUGGAAUCCUUGAUACAUCACCAGCUGUGACUACUCCACCGGCGGAUUCACUUAAAGUGUUCAUAUGUGACCAAAAUGACAAAGAUCCUUACGUGAAUAGCGAUGAGAAUGAAAUAACUAAAUUGAAUGACAGUAACAGAUUCAACAUUGUACCAGAAUGCGAAGCGAUCCAUAUAAACUUGAUCAAUAAAAUCCAAUGCACUACUGUUUGAUUCUAAAAUAAGUAAUAUCAAAAUGGUGCAAUGUCAAAAUCACGCCUGUGAGAUAUUUCUCUAAGUUAUUUGAUUUGUCUGUGUAUUUUAAUAGUUUUUAAGAAACAUAAAUAAGUUUGAAUUUAUUCGAACUUCGACUGAAAGGACUGAAAUCCAAACAAUGUAAUCGUAAUAUUAAUUAUUAGUAUAAUUUUUUUUAUCAUUAUAUUUUUUUUUAAUGAAAUCAUUUAUCCAUAUAUCGUUGAAAAAACAUAUCAUAUAAAUACUGAGCAGGGUCAAAAUCAUAUUUUCUUAGCUAUAAUUAGAUAUAAAUACUCUAAUACGAGAUAUAACAAUUUUCGAACAACUCUUAAUUUCUAAUAUGCAAUAUUACGCUUUAAUGUAGGCUAAUAAAUAUGCCGUAUUAUUACUUUUCCAUGUACAUAAUAAUCAUCUCACAUUGACUGUCAUUUUAUAUGCAAUUUAUUAUCUUUAUAUUCGACUCAAUUUUGUUUAGAACGAUAGUUUAAGCAUUUGUAUAUAGUUUCAACAUUUUCAUGCAAUAUUUUUGUAGUGUGUAUUUUGGAUUUUAAAAAAUAAAAAAAAAUAACGAACUAGUUUCAGAAAGCGAACAAACCGAAAGAAUCUCUUUAUAAAUAAAACUAAAAGUAAAAUAAUGCAAGAAGUAAUCUUACUUACCCAUGUCAGCGUUGGUUCAGUUUCACUCGUUUCGUCGCAUAUAAACGUGAUUUCCGCCAUAUAGGAACCUGCAAUAGUUAACAUAAAAUUAUAAAAAAACAAAAAAAUCAAAAAUUCAUACGGAUCGUAAAAAGAUAUAGAUUUAUUUUUUUUUACUUACUAUUUAAACAUUUACUGCCAUUAAGAUAUUUAAAUUUUAUAAUGUUUUGAUAAAAAUCAAAAAUAAUGUACGAUAAAGGUCCAUAAAUAUUACAGUUUUCACACACUGCAAUACUUGACCCAUUACCAUUUUUCUGUUCUCCACAAAUGUUUAUACUGUAAUUUCUGUUUUCACUUUGGACCUAUAAUUUCAAUUGAUAAUAAAUUAUACUCUAUUUUUUUUAAGUUAUAAAUUAAUCUACUUGAACGAAAUGAAGACUCACAUAACGUAUCGGUUGGUUUUUAUACAAUGAAGAAAGAUCGAUUUGAUAUAAAAAAAAUUGAUCUUUUAUUCCGCACGGUGGGAUCCAGUGACCCAAAAUAGUUCCACAAACAACACUAGUUCUCCAUUCAAAAACAUAUGUACACUUACUAUAUCUUAUAAAUUUUGGCAAAUGCUAAAAAUAAAAUAAUGUACUUAAUAUAUAUCUAUAAAAAAGUCAA